AUGGCGAAUCGCACGGAUCCAGCAGCGAAGAGCAUAAGAGGGACGAACCCUCAGAACCUGGUGGAGAAGAUUCUCCGGUCCAAGAUCUAUCAGAACACGUACUGGAAGGAGCAAUGUUUCGGGUUAACGGCGGAGACGUUGGUGGACAAGGCCAUGGAGCUCGACCACCUUGGCGGAACCUAUGGCGGCAACCGAAAACCCACGCCGUUCAUGUGUCUGGUCAUGAAGAUGCUCCAGAUUCAACCUGAGAAAGAAAUCGUCAUCGAGUUCAUCAAGAACGAGGAUUACAAGUACGUUAGGAUACUCGGCGCGUUUUACUUGCGUCUCACUGGAUCAGAUAUUGACGUCUACCGCUACCUCGAACCCUUGUACAAUGACUAUCGCAAACUCCGGCGAAAGUUACCUGAUGGACAGUUUACAUUGACGCAUGUGGAUGAGGUCAUCGAUGAACUUCUCACAACAGAUUAUUCCUGUGAUAUUGCUUUGCCUCGCGUCAAGAAAAGGUGGACUCUUGAAUCUUUGGAUUCAUUGGAACCUAGACGAAGUGCGCUUGAAGAAGAUUUUGAGGAGGAAGAGGAGAAAGAGGAUAAUGACCAGCCUGUUGAUGAGAUUGAGGAUAGGGCCUAUGAGAAGGAUUAUUAUCGUGGGCGCAGCCCUACCAGGGAAAGAGAUAGGGACAGAAGACGUGAUAGUCAUAGAUACAGGGACCGUGACUAUGACAGAGAUUAUGAUCGAGACCGGGGACGGGGUCGAGAUAGAGACAGAGAUAGGGAGAGGGAGAGGGAUCGAUAUCGUCUAAGGGAUGAAAAAGAUUAUGGUCGUGAGAGAGAGGGCAGGGAGCGGGAGAGGAGAGAGAGGGAUCGGGACCGGGGAAGGCGAAGGAGCCACUCAAGGAGUCGAAGUAGGAGUAGGGAUCGCAAGGAACAUGAUGGUGGAGACUACAGAAAGAGACAUGCUAGGAGUAGUGUAAGCCCUAGAAGACAUGGAGAUGGACUUGAGGAUGGUGAGCCAAAGAAGAAGAAGGAGAAGAAAGAAAAGAAAGAAAAGAAGGAUGAUGGAACUGACCACCCGGAUCCAGAGAUUGCAGAAGCGAACAAGCUCCGAGCAGCCCUGGGUUUGAAACCACUGAAGGUCUGA